AUGCCACUCGCCCGUCGACACGUGGCGGCGGAGGAGAGCUUGGCAUCUCCGAGCGUUCUCCGCGCAGCCAGCAGCGAUGACCCGCGUGGGAUGCUGGAGGGCGUGUCCAUGGCGUGCCUCGUAGGCCUCGUGAAGCAACUGGCUGUCCUUUCAGAUUGCUCUGAUCCUCUCUUUUGCGCCGACUCUGCCUCUCCCUCCGCGCCGUGCAGCCACGCCUCUCGUGUGUUCGAGGGUCUCGCGGCGGACCUAGCGGAGGUGGCGUCGCGGCGGGAGCAGGUGGCAGCUCGGGCGCGGGGAUUAGAGUCGGUGGUGGGGCGGAUAGAGGAGCGCAUUCUUAAGGACAGCCACCCGCUCGCACUUGCGUACACGCCAGGCGUGCGAUGGCGCGCGCACGUGCCGACGGCGCAACAGGUGCUCCUGUCCGCCGACCGCCCGCUCGUCAUCGUCACCGCAUACCAGAACGCCGCUCCCGCGCCCCCCCUGCAGCGGCUUCACAGGCUGUUGCAUUCACCCGCAGGAGAUCUGGCGGAAGGAGAAGAUAGUUGUGGGACCAGAGAGGUGCGGGAAACAGGGGGUGACUGGCGCGCAUGCGAUGACGCGCAGAGAGGAGGGGGAGAAGCUGCAGGCGAGGGGAGCGAUGGAGCUGACGGCAUUGAAGGCGCGGACUCCCAAGCCGCGCGGGCGGCGGAAAUCCUGCUGCAGCUGGAGCCCCAGUCACCCCCGGAUGCCUCCUCGUGGAUGGCCGCGCGACUGCUCCGCGCCUCACUUCUUGCGCCAUUGGAGGAGAGUAGGGCGGAGAAAGGAGAUCGCGAGCAGUGGAGUGGUGAUGACGUGGACGAGGGGUUGCGUCGGGAAGACGUGGGAGAGGGGAGAGAUGGGGAGAAAAUCAGGGGAAGCAGCUAUGAAGCUCAGCGAGGGGAGGACGGGGGUUAUGAUGAGGCCGGGAGAUGGAGCGAGGGAGCAGGGAGAGAGGAGUUACGGCGCGCGUAUGAGACCGAUCACUGGGACGAGGAGGCAGGGCAGGCAGAGGAACGCGUAACGAGUGGGGAGCGCGAGAGGGAAGUGAGGAAGGAAGAGGGGGGUUCGGCAACGAGUGGAGGGGGACAAGAGGGAAGGGCUGGUGAAGGGGCGGCCCUGGGGUGGUUGGAUGUGGGAGACGGGAUGGAAUUUGAUGUGACGCAAUUCGUGCGAGUGCUGGAGGAGGAAGGCGCGGAGGACGAAGAGGAGUAUAUGGGAGGUGCCCAUGAGUCGCCUCGUACCACACCAAGGGAGGAUGGCCGCGAUAGGAGAGAGGAGCGGCAGCACGGGCAGGGAGAGGAGGUUGAGCACGGGAAGGUGGAGGUGCAGGAGGAUAUUGGAGAAGGGGAGAUGGCAGGUACUGGAAGGGAGGAGGUGGAGGAGGAGGAGGGAAAGGGUGAGCGGCAUGAGGCGCGCUUGUUUUUGAGUGGGGACUGGCACUCCGGCGGUGGGAGUGAGACGUCGGAAGAGGUGGAGAAAGGCGCGUUGGACGCGCAUGUCGGCAGGGAGGAAGAAGCCGCAUUGGAUUCUGACGAGGACGAUGCUGAGCGGAUGGACGAUGGGCAGGGAUCGUCAGUUGGGGAUGGGGAGGCAGUGGGGAAGAUCGGGCUUGGAGCAACGCAGCAGCAGCAACUUGACAAGGCGAGAGAGUCGAACGUGCCAGGCGCUUCUCAGCAGCAUGAGCACAGGCAGCAGCAGGGGGAGGAGCAGCGAGAGGAAGAGCAGGAGCAGGAGGAAGUGCAUGGGAAGGACGCGGGAGAUGGUAGCACAGCAGCAGUAUCUGCUGGUCGAUCGGCUCAUCUCCACUCGUCUUCACCCAAAGACGCACACGCACUCGCUCCCCACACCCCACACUCCAUCUCCCCCUCACCCACCCCGUCCUCGCCCACCCCACAGGCGCCAGUUACCAGCGGAGCUGCAGCAGCAUCCCCCUGCUCCUCCGCCUCGUCCUGCUCGUCUGUAUCUGGUCGCUCCAUGUCUCAUUCUGUGUCCAAGUCACUCAAGGACCUGUCAGUGCUGCAGCAAAAGCUCAGGGCGCAGAGGGGCGACGUGCAGAGACUGGCGGCUGACAGCAUGCAGCUGCAGCAGUGGCUGGGCCUGCAACCACACCAAGUGCUGCUCUCGCCUUCCGCCUCUCCAAGCACCUCUGCUGCUGCUGCUGCUGCGAUUGCGUUCGCCCCAUCUGAUUCUGCUGUUUCUGCUCCUUCUGAUUCUCUCUCCAGCGGACACCAGCAUGGCAAGCAGCCAUCCGGAGCUGCUGAGAGCUUCAGCACCGGUGCCGGGAUUAGUUCUGGCAGCACCGCCAGCAGCAGCUGCAGUGUUGCUGGCAGCGGUGGCGGCGGUGACGGUGGUGGCGGCGAUGGGGCGAGCAGCAGCAGCCUCACAAGCAGGCCACGGCGAUUCAGCUUGGGCUCUGCAGCAAUUGGGGCAGGAGGGGGAACGGCAGGGGCGGUUUCUGCUGCAGCCUUGGCAGCUGCAGUGGUGGCAGCAGGAGGGAACCCAGUGGCUGUGGCAGUGCGCAGGGAGAGAGACGUGGCUGGAUCGCUCUGUGUGACGGCGGCUAACAGUGGUGAACCUUUGGCCGGUGCUGCUGAUUCUGUUACUGAUGUUGAUGGUGCUGCGGCUGUAUCUGAAGCACUGAACUUGGAUGGUGAGAAAGAGGGCAGGUCACAUGCAGGGUACAAAGGGGAGCAUGGCUUGUCUGUGAAGCAGAGUGACGUCACGCAGCCGAGCCAGGAGGGAGUUGGACCAGCGCUCCAGAAGCAGCAGCAGCAGCAGCAGGAGCAGGAGGAGCAGGAGCAGGAGCAGCAGCAGCAGCAGCAGCAGCAGGGGAAGGAGUUAGAGAAACAUGGUGGGCGGAGUGGAGGGAUUGAGGUGAUAAGGCGGAGUGCGUCCCUGCCUGCCGUCUUCCAAGAGCCAGACAAGGCCGAGCAACUAUGUGUACAGGAGAACGAGCAGGGGCAUGAGCACAACGGCGAGGGCUACGGUGAGGGCGAGGGUGAGAAUAACGCCAGUCAGGGCAGCCAGGCGCAGGUGUCACCUCCCCAUCGUGCUCUUUCCCAUGCUCACUCCUUCGCUGCUGCCUCUGAUGCGUCCCCCUUCUUCCUGCCCCACCCACUCGCCCCCUCUUCUCCCCCUCAACUGCCCACUGCUGCCUCAGCUGCAGAGGCAGAGACACAUGAGAAGGAGGCGGUUGAAUCUGCUGCUGCUGCCGCCUCUUUUCUUGCUGGUGCAAGAGACAGGGAUGUGCUGCCUGUUAACUCCUCUACCCUGGAUUACCCAGCUCCACCUGCGUCCCAACCAUUUGGCUCUCAUAGCCCUGCUCCCCUCAUUGUCCCUUCCCCCUCCAUCUCCUCCUCCUCCACCUCCUCCUCCUCGGCCUCUGCCCCUGUUCCCCCCUCUGUCACCUCUGCCCGCUCCCGCCUAACCGCUUCCCCACAAACCGCUGCCUCUGCACAUUCCUCCCCAUCUGCCUCUUCCUCCUCCACAGCCCACUCCUCUCCCUCCCCCUCCACCUCUCGCCUCUCUGCCUCUGUUGCCUCCUCUACUCGCUCACCCUCCUCCUCUUCCUCCUCCGCCUCUCCCUCCCCCUCCUGCUCCUCAUCUUCCUCCUACUCCCUGCUCCCCUCCUCCACCUCUCGCUCUCAGGCCUUCAUACACACUCCCUCUCACCCCCGCAGUCGAACUCACUCCUUCGCCUCCCCUUCCUCGCCUUCUAUCCUUCCUGUCGCGUCCCUCUCAACUGCCCCCCGCGGCAAAGCCCGCUCCUCCCACCAGCACACUACUCCGCACUCGCCCACCACAAGCACCACCCGCCAGCGCGCUGUGCCACACUCCCCCAAUGCGACCAGCGCUCACAUUCCCAGCUCCGUCCUCCUACCCGUGGAUACCAAUGCCACGGGUACUGUCGCUGCUGCCACUGCUGCUCCCUUGCUCUGUGCCUCCACACCGAACGCACCUCCUCGCACCUCCGUGCCCUCUAGUUUUCCCGCAGACCCCUCCUCUGGAGUCUCAGCUGCUCUCGCUUCUCCCUCCACCCGCCAGCCCAUGCCUAUGCUCUCCCCGCCGUUCUCUGCCAUGCCAGCUGCUCCUGGUAGCUCGUCAGCAGCGCCACUCACCUCCACCCGCGCCAAUAGUAGUACACACACAGGGAAGCCAGUUCCAUCUUCGCUCACCCUCCUCCCUCAUGCCCAAUCUCCCUCCUCCCCACCACGCCACCCUGCCAGCUCUCCUCCCGCUGCUGCGGCCACCAGCUGCACCAUACCUACCUCGCCCAUCACCACUCCCAGCUCUUCGCUCGGAAUCAACUCUCCUCCCCCCUUGCCCUCCACACCUCCCUUUACCUCCGCCCUCCGCUCCCCUCACGCCAUUGCCAAGGCCCGUGCUCGUGCCCUAGCACUCGCCAACUCCCUCUCACUAGACCCCCCUGCACCGCCUGCUGCUAGUGCUGCCACUGCUGCUGCUGGCCCCAGCAGCAGCAGCAGCAAGCACACACACACUAUCGCGCACACCCAUGGCAGCAGCACCAAAGCCCCCCCCACGAGCCCGUCAGAAGCUCGUUCCCGUAGCCCUGUCUCCCACCGUACCUACCCUCGCCACCGCAAGUCUCCCCCUGCCUCCCCCCACGCCCUGCGCUCCCCCGCGCACCCUGUUUCCCCCCAGCAUGACGCGGGCGGAGAAGGGAGGAGAGGCAGGGUUGGGGGGAAGAGGGGUGGUCCAUUUAGGCAGAGGUCAGGGGAAUGGAUGGGGUGGGAGGAGAGAGAGGGAGAGGAGGAGGGUGCUUGGUCUAAUGCCACUGAGAUGGCACGAGCACAAAGUGAGCAGUGGGAGAGAGAGAGGGUGAGGGGAACUGGAGCAGGGGCAGCAGGGAAGAGAAGGGAUUCGGGAGUGGGUGUGGGGGCUGGCAGGCGGGUGAGUGGUUCAGGCGAGAGGGAGAGAGAUGGGGAUGGUAGAGCUGAGGGGCAUGGGCAGCCGCUGAAGAAGCAGCAAAGUGGUGAGUUGGAGGUGGUGGGCAUAGGGAAGGGGCACAUGGAGGGUAUAAGAGGAGAUGGUAGAGACCACACAGGAAAGAGGAGAGACGUGAAGUUGCAGCCGGUGCAGCAGGGCAACGGGUAUGAGAACAAGCGAGAGCCUCUAGUUGUUAGUGUCAAACCCGCUCGCAUGGCUGUUCGAAUUCCGUCCCCAUCUUCUCUUGCGCACACCUCACCUAAACCCCAUACCCCAACAGCCUCGCACCCCUCUCCUCAGCCAUACCCCUCUUCACAGUCUUACCCAUCCUCCUCACAGCCCCAGACCCUCGUGCCCCCUCGCUCUCUCCCUUCGCCCCCUAACCAACUCCCUACCAGAGACCCUAGCCCCAGCCCUCGAUCUCUGUACCCUCCAGCUCCCCCUUCCCCCUCCUCCGCCUCUACUGUCUCCCUCUCCUCCUCCUUCAUCCGCCGCUUGCCCAGUCCCAGGGCCCUGCCAGGAGCACCUUCCCUUGCUUCUCCCUUUGCACCAGCUGCCGCCACUGCUGCUGCUGGAAGUGCAUUGCCCGCAGCAUCAUCAAACCAGUUUUCCCCCGCCCUUGUCUCUCCCCGUGCUGGCUCCUCCCUGCUGCCUUUGGCAUCUCCAAGCUACUCCCACACCCCUCCUGCUUCCCUCAACCAUUCCUCCUCUGCUGCACCACCGUCCUCCUCCCACUCGUCUCACUUCUCUGCCAGCCAGCCCAGGCCGCUCUCUUCCACCAGCAAGGGCCCUGAUUCUGUCACACCUGCUGCCACAGUUGCAGGGGCGGGUAUGAGAAGUGGAGUCAGCUCAGUGGGUGCAUCUGGUGCAGGUGGCAAGUGGGCAGGCAGUGGUGGCAGUUAUCGCAGCAGCGACGGGCACACCCCAGGAAGUGUUCAGUCGCAUGCUGUAGGGAUGAGGGGUGGUGUGGGCAGUAGCAGCAACGACAGGGUCACUGGCAGUGGUGGCGGUUUCAGCCAGGGUAAACUUGCUCUGCAUGUAGAUGGGGCCCCAGUGCCUGUUCAGCCACCUUCGAGCCCACUCUCCCAGAUUAAAGCCGCUGCCAGAAGUCUCUCCCCUCUCCGAUUGCAUGCAAAUGGGCGGGCUUCUGACCAGGAAAGAAGAAGAAUGCCAAUUCGCCUCUUUUCACCCUCUUGA